AGCCUUCUCGUCACAAAUCGACUAGGGCGUCUCGGACGGAAGGAGCCCAUCCAACCCAACGCAGAAGCAAAAACCCCCCAAUCUCUGCGCCGCCGCCGCCGUCGUUCCCUGUCGUUCUUCGGCCUCCUCCGCCGUUGUAGUCGCGGCCUCAUCGUCGCCUACCGAUCUCCACCGCCCCCACUGCCACCGAUCCCACCAGAGGUGUCGACAUGUCUCAGAACAACCCGUCCCAGCUCCUCCCCUCAGAGCUGAUCGACCGGUGCAUCGGGUCCAAGAUCUGGGUGAUCAUGAAGGGGGACAAGGAGCUCGUUGGCACCCUCUGCGGCUUUGAUGUCUACGUCAAUAUGGUGCUGGAGGACGUCACUGAGUAUGAAUACACUGCUGAAGGGCGCCGCAUUACAAAACUCGACCAGAUCCUCCUGAACGGCAACAACAUAGCCAUUUUGGUUCCUGGUGGUUCACCACCUGAUGUGUAAUGAGCUUUUGCUUCCCAGAGUAACCAUUCUGGGUGAAGGAAUCCCCUUUAACUUUGCACCUUAUUUUGGGUAAUCAUUGGGUGUUUCUCAUCUCGGAUGUGGUCCCCUGUUCGUGAUUGUACCGAAGUUUAUUGUUUACUCUGUGUCAGCAUGGAAGCUCUCUUCUGUAUUGAACUUACUGACCUGAAGUAGUGUGCCUGCAUAGCUGUGGUUAUAUGAUUGGCUAUGCUAAUUCUGUGUAUCUCUGCUCAUCAUCAUUGUACUGCAAUGUGAAUGGUAAUGGAUUAUGAAGUAACCUGAUAACUCGAAGUGCA